AUGCGCUGGCCUCUGCGAAACGGUCCUUGCGGCGCAACAAAGGGGGGUGGACUUGAUGACUACCUAGGGAGGGAGCAUUGGGGGAGAUCUUUGUUUCUAUGUAAAGAUCCUCCCGUCUUGGGGAGGAGAUGGCGUAGCAUUCGGACACGGCGUGAGGCUCGUUCCCUCGUUUCGGGGGCCAUUCUUAGACCUGAGGCAACGGGAUUGUGGAUUUGGGGUCGGGGGGUUUCUGGUGUUUUUGGAGACGGGGGAAGGGGAAGAAUUGGUCCGUGGCUAAUUCUAUGGACAAAACACGCCGCUCCGGAAAUAAUCACGGCCCCACUCGGGGCCAUGCCGGGGUCGGGGCCCGGGCCAGAGCCAUCGGUGAACUCGCUUGGAGCAUGCAUAAGCCGUCUCUCUAGACCACAUGUGUCUGGGACGGCGAGUUCAGUCUGGCUACGUUCGCCUUGA